AUGGAGGUAGAACAGGAAAACCAAAUUCCCUUCCUAGACGUGUUGGUUCGAAGAAACGGAGAUGGUACCUUAGGCCAUCGGGUUUACCGAAAACCACCCACACUGACCGGUAUCUUCACGCAACCUCCCAUCACCAUCCGUCACAAAAGAAUUCAGUUAUCAGCUCAUUGCAAGAACAUUGAUCAAAUAACCAAGAGAUUGAAGAACAAGAUCUCCAGUCCCAAUGACACCGAAACUCUGGAUGAAGAAAAAGUAAGGAAAAUGACAACUGUUCUUCCGUGUCUUCAAGGUACAACAAAGCGCAUGGGCAGAAUUUUGAGUAAGCAUAACAUCAAAGUAUUCUUCAAACCCCAGAAGAAAAUUGCUCAAGUACUCCCUUAUCCCAAGGAUCAAAGAUCAAGCCUGGAAACACCAGAUGUGUACAAGAUACCUUGCGUCUGCGGAAAAGUAUACAUAGAAAAAACCGGGAAGAAGAUCAGUACACAAAUCAAGGAACAUCAGAUGUGUGCCAAAUACAGCCAUUUUUCGCAAUCAGCCUUGGCGGAACAUUGGAUGGAAACUGGAUAUACCGUGCGGUAUGAUAAGUUUAUUGGCCCCAUCACAAGGCUACUUCGCCAGAAAAUAUCGGGAAGGUCUGGAAAUUUUGAAACAACCUCAACCGCAACAAAGACCUUCAAGUAA